CAGAAAUGGCGGCUAAUGCUUUUCUCUUGUGAAUUUUUGUGAUUAUUGUGUUUAUUUCGCAUUCAAAAUGCAUAUAAAACAAGUAAUCAUUCAGGGUUUCAAGAGUUAUCGGGAGCAAAUCGUCGUAGAACCGUUUGAUAAAAGGCACAAUGUGGUAGUAGGAAGAAAUGGAUCCGGCAAGAGUAAUUUCUUCCACGCUAUACAAUUCGUGUUGAGCGAUGAGUUCUCGCACCUUCGGCCUGAGCAGAGGCUCGCUCUGCUUCACGAGGGCACAGGACCCAGGGUUAUAUCUGCCUUUGUGGAAAUUAUAUUUGACAACUCCGAUAACAGAAUUCCUAUUGAAAAGGAUGAGAUUUUCUUGCGUCGAGUUAUUGGUUCUAAAAAGGAUCAAUUUUUCCUCAACAAGAAAGUUGUUCCCCGAUCUGAGGUGUUGAAUCUUCUAGAAAGUGCUGGAUUAUCCAAUUCCAAUCCCUACUAUAUUGUUAAACAGGGAAAAAUCAAUCAAAUGGCAAUAGCUCCGGACUCCCACAGAUUGAAACUACUAAGAGAAGUUGCCGGAACUAGAGUUUACGAUGAACGCAGAGAGGAAUCUGUCACAAUCCUCAAAGAAACAGUUGGAAAGGUGGAGAAAAUCAAUGACUUUCUUCAAACAAUUGAGGAGCGUCUGAAAACUUUAGAAGAAGAGAAAGAGGAAUUGAAGGAGUAUCAGAAAUGGGACCGAGCAAGGAGAGUGCUGGAGUUCAUAAUACAUGACACCGAACACAGAGAGAACAAACGCAAGUUAGAGGAGCUGGAGAAAAUGCGCGCAAACAGUGGUAAAGAACAACAGCACUAUGCCGACAUGGUCAGAGAAGCACAGGACCAUGUAAGGGAGUCUAACAGGAAACUGAAAGAGGCGCGUAAAGACGUGGCGGCGGCUAGAGAGGAGAAAGACAUUAUGUCCACAGAACAACAGCAGCUGCUGCGGGAGAAAACUAAACUGGAGCUGGCCAUCAAAGACUUGACUGAUGAUGUCGAUGGAGAUAAUAAGUCUAAGGAAAGAGCGGAAGCGGAACUUGAAAGACUGAGACAGCAGAUAGCUGAGAAAGAGAGGGAGCUAGAGGAGUUGAAGCCGAAAUACGAGGAGAUGAAAGCUCGCGAGGAGGAAUGUACUAGGGCGUUAGCGCUCAACCAACAGAAACGACAGGAGUUGUACGCUAAACAGGGACGAGGGACACAGUUCACAUCAAAGCAGGACAGAGAUAGGUGGAUUGAGAAGGAGCUAAAGUCACUAAGCAAGCAGCUCAAAGACAAGAAGGACCACGAGAACAAACUCCGAGAAGAUCUCCGCAGGGACGGUGUGAAACUGACCGAGCUCGAGAAACGUAUAGAAGACACCACUAAGGAGAUGGAACGACAGAGGGUGGCUAUAGACGAGCACAACAAACAGUACUACGAGUGUAAGAAGAAAAAGGACCAGGAGCAGAGCACUAGAAAUGAACUUUGGCGUAAGGAGACUACAUUGACCCAGAAUCUCUCGUCCCUUAAAGAUGACUUAGCCAAGGCAGAUCAAGCACUACGUUCUAUGGCGGGAAAGCCCAUCCUAAACGGUCGUGACAGCGUGCGGAAAGUGCUCGAGACGUUUCAGGAGCGAGGCGGGGACUGGGCGAACGUCGCCACACAGUACUACGGCCCGGUCAUAGAGAACUUCUCCUGUGACAAGACUAUAUAUACCGCUGUUGAGGUGACAGCAGGCAACAGGUUAUUCCAUCACAUAGUGGAAUCAGACACGGUCGGUACCAAGAUUCUGAAGGAGAUGAACAGACAGAAUCUACCCGGAGAGGUGACCUUCAUGCCGCUUAAUAGGUUGCAAGUGAGGGAUAUGGUGUACCCUAAUGAUAAUAACGCCAUAGCCAUGGUACAGAAGCUAAAGUAUGAUCCGAAGUACGCUAAGGCCAUGAAAUAUAUCUUCGGCAAGACUCUUAUCUGCAGGAACUUGGAAUGCGCUACGGAGCUCGGCAAACAGUUCCAUCUAGAUUGUGUCACGUUGGAGGGAGAUCAGGUAUCAUCGAAAGGUUCCCUCACCGGUGGUUACUUCAACCAGUCCCGUUCGCGUCUCGAGAUGCAGAAGACACGCUCAGAGCUCAUGGAACAGAUUGGCGCGUUGGAGCAGGAGUUGGGGGCGCUCAGACAGGAGCUGUCCAAGACGGAGAGUACCAUCAACAGUAUAGUGUCGGAUAUGCAACGGACGGAGACUAAACAGGGGAAGGCUAAGGACAUAUUCGACAAGGUCAAAGCCGAUAUCCGGCUAAUGAAAGAAGAAUUGGCUUCGAUAGAGAGGUCUAGAGGACCAAAAGAGAGAUCGCUAGCUCAGUGCAGAUCCAGCUUAGAGGCUAUGCAGGCUACUAAAGAGGGACUGGAGUCUGAGUUACACCAGGAACUUAUGGAGCAGCUAUCCACAGCGGAUCAGGGUAAAGUUGAUGAACUAAACGAUGCCAUCCGCCGGCUCACACAAGAGAAUAAGGAGGCUUUCAGCCAACGUAUGAACUUAGAAGCGACUAAGAACAAACUGGAGAAUCUACUCACUAAUAACUUGAUAAGACGUAAGGACGAGCUCGUCCAAGCCCUCCAGGAGAUAUCCGUUGAGGACCGGAAACGGAAGCUGGCCAACAGCAAAGGCGACCUCACUUCCACCGAGAAACGCAUCAAACAACUCAACAAGGAGUUAGAGGAGGUGGAACGGAAGGUCCAAGCGGCGGUGAAGAAUGAGAAGGCUCUAAAAUUGGAGUUGGAUAAGUGGCGGUCUAAGGAAAAAGAAGCCCAAGACAAAAUGGAGGAAGACUCUAAAGGUUUAGAAAAGAUGGCGUCCAAAGAAGUAUUGUUGCAAGAAAAAAUACAAGAAUCGCUAGACAAAAUAGCCGCGCUCGGCACACUGCCCAACGCGCCUGAAUUGCAUUCGAAGUAUCAGAAACUAUCGCUUAAACAGCUUUUCAAAGAACUCGAGAAGGCCAACCAACAUCUAAAGAAGUAUAAUCACGUGAAUAAGAAGGCGUUGGACCAGUUCAUCAGUUUUUCAGAACAAAAAGAGAAGUUGUAUAAGAGGAAAGAAGAAUUGGAUAUAGGUGGCGAGAAGAUCCGCGAACUAAUCGAGACGCUCGAGCAUCGCAAACUGGAGGCUAUCCAGUUCACGUUCAAGCAAGUGAGCAAGAACUUCACGGAUGUAUUUAAGAAGUUGGUGCCGCAGGGCCGCGGCAGCCUCAUCAUGAGAGUCGCCUCUGAUGACGGUCAGGAAGUUAACGCUGAGCGCGCCAACGCGGAGCAGUUCUCCGGCGUGGGCAUCAAGGUGUCGUUCACCGGGGGGGAGGGCGACAUGAGGGAGAUGAACCAGCUGUCCGGCGGGCAGAAGUCGCUGGUGGCGCUCGCGCUGAUAUUCGCCAUACAGAAGUGCGACCCUGCCCCCUUCUACCUGUUCGACGAGAUAGACCAGGCGCUCGACGCGCAGCACCGUAAAGCGAUAGCCAACAUGAUCCACGAGCUGUCAUCGUCAGCGCAGUUCAUCACAACCACCUUCAGACCGGAGUUGUUGGAGCACGCGCACAAAUUUUACGGAGUGAAGUUCCGCAAUAAAGUAUCGCACGUCGAGUGCGUGACGCAGGAGGAGGCCAGGGACUUCGUGGAGGACAGCGCCACACAUGCUUAAAUGGUGUGGGAAACGCAGACAAACAAAAUGUGUCCAGUCGAGGACUGCUAUUAUAAUUUUAUAUCUAAGUAUAUAAAUUUUAAAAUUUCUUGUAUUAUUUGGAAUUUAGUAUAACACAUUUGUAACAUGUUUUUCUUUGGUUAAUUAUCAACAUUCCCAGUUAAACAAAAACGUUCACAAACCUUUUAUUUUUGUUUUUCAAAAUUAAACCUUCAAUUUAAUUACGGACCUACAAAUGAUUUUAUAUUUUUAUAUUCGACUAAGGGUAUUUUUCAUAAUCUCCUAAUAAGAUUCAAAUAGCUUAUUUGCAUGUUUUGUAUCUAUUCUUCAACAAAAUUUUCUAUAGAUAUCGAAUAACCUAUUUGGAACUUAUUACAAGAUUCGGAAACAGUCCCAUUGAGGCCUGAUAGUAGAUUCUAGAAUAAGCUAUUAUUGUUUGUGUGCUCCGGGGUCUUACAAUGCAGCGUGACUCAACGAUACAAUGAAAUGACCCAUUCAAAGCUGAACUUUAUUUACUACACAAAAAGAUAUAAAUUCUUUGAAUGGUUAGUUAUUUUGGAAAUAAUGUAAAUGCAUCGCAUCGACGCGUCACGUUGUAAUGUGAUUCGGCCCUUAAUUGAUUUAUAUUUAUAAUUAUUUUUAUUUUAUUAUGAUUUGUAGGUUAAUAUGCUAAGUUAGUGAUAAGUCUGAGUUUGACUGUAUGAAUGUAUGUGACAUGGCGCUGGUGUUAUUGUUAAAUAAAGUAAUUACAAAUACAUAGUUUAACAUAUUGA